AUGACACGAAAUCUCUCUGAAGCUGCGUGUAACAAAGAGUGGGAGAAGGUUCGACGACUGGUUGAAGAAGGAGAGAACUUGAAUGGUGUGGACAGAGUGUUGUCACGUACAGCUUUACACUGGGCUGUCAUUUCUAGAAAUGCAGAUAUGUGUUCUUUCUUGCUGUCACGUGGUGUGAACGUCAAUCAGGCAGACACUAGGGAUGGACAUACGCCGCUUCAUACCGCUGCUGAUUGGCAGCAAGCCAAUAUCUGUCAACUGUUAGUUGAUCACAAAGCUGAUGUUACUUCUGUCAACACUAAAGGUGAAACUCCUCUUCUGGUAGCUCUAGCAAAUCAGAGAUUACCUUGGCGUGACUCUCUUGCUGUGUGUUGUCCACUGAUAACAAAUGAGAGUGUAAAUGUAGCAGAUCAUCAUGGAAACCGCGCUUUACACAUAGCAGGUAGGAAAGGUCACAUUCAGAUUGUCCAGCUGUUAGUGGAUCGUGGAGCAGAUGUAAAUGAAUUGAAUGAAUAUGGACAAACACCACUACAUACAGCAGCUGGUGGAGAGAAAGACUGUCCUGAAUUGUGUUCUAUUUUACUAAAACACAAUGCCAAGGUUGAUGCAGUGGAUAAAGAUGGAAACCAACCACUACAUUUGGCAUGGAAGCAAUGGCAUACUGCAAUUGUACGGUUAUUGCUAUCUCAUGGGACUGAUGUAACUGCUCUAAACAAGCAACAGAGAAAACCUUCACAUAUAGCAAAUGAGUCAGUAUUGAAAUCUUGUGAAGUACACAACGGUAAUCAUGCUUUACACGUAGCAGCUCAAAAAGGCCACAUUCAGACUGUCCAACUGUUAGUGGAUUCAGCUGGUGGAGAGAGAGACUGUCACAAAUUGUGUUCUAUUCUUCUAGAACAUGAUGCCAAGAUUGAUGCAGUAGAUAAAGAUGGAAACCGACCACUACACUUGGCAUGGAUACAAAGACACAUGAAAAUAUGUCACUUGUUGCUCUCUAAUGGAGCAAAUGCAAAUGCUUGGACUAAAGAUGGAGAAACACUACUACAUACAGCAGCUGGUCAUACAAGUACAAGUCGUUUCUUGCUUUCCCAUGGAGCAGAUGUACAUGCAUUGAAUGAAUAUAGACAAACACCGCUACAUACAGCAGCUGGUGGAGAGAGAGACUGUCACAAAUUGUGUUCUAUUCUUCUAGAACAUGAUGCCAAGAUUGAUGCAGUAAAUAAAGAUGCAAACCGACCACUACACUUGGCAUGGAUACAAAGACACAUGAAAAUAUGUCACUUGUUGCUCUCUAAUGGAGCAAAUGCAAAUGCUUGGACUAAAGAUGGAGAAACACUACUACAUACAGCAGCUGUACACAAUGGUAAUCAUGCUUUACACGUAGCAGUUCAAAAAGAACACAUUCAGACUGUCCAGCUGUUAGUGGAUUGUGGAGCAGACGUAAAUGCAUUGAAUGAAUAUAGACAAACACCACAACAGAGAAAACCUUCACAUAUAGCAAAUGAGUCAAUAUUGAAAUCGUAUGAAGUACACAAUGGUAAUCAUGCUUUACACAUAGCAGUUAAAAAAGGUCACAUUCCGACUGUCCAGCUGUUAGUGGAUUGUGGAGCAGACGUAAAUGAAUUGAAUAAAUGUGGACAAACACCACUACAUACAGUUGAUGCAGUGGAUAAAGAUGGAAACCAACCACUACACUUGGCAUGGAAGCAAUGGCAUACUGCAACUGUAGGUUUAUUGUUAUCUCAUGGAGCUGAUGUAACUGCUCUAAACAAGCAUCAGAGAAAACCUUUAGAUUUGGCAAAUGAGUCAGUAUUGAAAUCUUGUGAAGUACACUACGGUAAUCAUGCUUUACACGUAGCAGCUCAAAAUGGCCACAUACAGACUGUCCAACUGUUAGUGGAUUGUGGAGCAGACGUAAAUGCAUUGAAUGAAUAUGGACAAACAUCACUACAUACAGCAGCUGGUGAAGAGAAAGACUCUCCUGAAUUGUGUUCUAUUUUACUGGAACACAAUGCCAAGGUUGAUGCAGUGGAUAAAGAUGGAAACCAACCACUACACUUGGCAUGUAAACAAUGGCAUACUGCAACUGUACGCUUAUUGCUAUCUCAUGGGGCUGAUGUGACUGCUCUAAACAAGCAACAGAGAAAACCUUCACAUAUGGCAAAUGAGUCAAUAUUGAAAUCUUAUGAAGUACACAAUGGUAAUCAUGCUUUACACGUAGCAGUUCAAAAAGAACACAUUCAGACUGUCCAGCUGUUAGUGGAUUGUGGAGCAGACGUAAAUGCAUUGAAUGAAUAUAGACAAACACCACUACAUACACAACAGAGAAAACCUUCACAUAUAGCAAAUGAGUCAAUAUUGAAAUCGUAUGAAGUACACAAUGGUAAUCAUGCUUUACACGUAGCAGUUCAAAAAGAACACAUUCAGACUGUCCAGCUGUUAGUGGAUUGUGGAGCAGACCCUGAAUUGUGUUCUAUUUUACUGGAACACAAUGCCAAGGUUGAUGCAGUGGAUAAAGAUGGAAACCAACCACUACACUUGGCAUGUAAACAAUGGCAUACUGCAAUUGUACGCUUAUUGCUAUCUCAUGGGGCUGAUGUGACUGCUCUAAACAAGCAACAGAGAAAACCUUCACAUAUGGCAAAUGAGUCAAUAUUGAAAUCGUAUGAAGUACACAAUGGUAAUCAUGCUUUACACACAGCAGUUAAAAAAGGUCACAUUCCGACUGUCCAGCUGUUAGUGGAUUGUGGAGCAGACGUAAAUGAAUUGAAUGAAUGUGGACAAACACCACUACAUACAUACAAGUCAUUUCUUGCUUUCCAAUGGAGCAGAUCUGGUGGAGAAAGAGACUGUCAUAAAUUGUGUUCUAUUUUACUAAAACACAAUGCCAAGAUUGAUGCAGUGGAUAAAGAUGGAAACCAACCACUACACUUGGCAUGGAAGCAAUGGCAUACUGCAACUGUAGGUUUAUUGUUAUCUCAUGGAGCUGAUGUAACUGCUCUAAACAAGCAUCAGAGAAAACCUUUAGAUUUGGCAAAUGAGUCAGUAUUGAAAUCUUGUGAAGUACACUACGGUAAUCAUGCUUUACACGUAGCAGCUCAAAAUGGCCACAUACAGACUGUCCAACUGUUAGUGGAUUGUGGAGCAGACCAGUUGGCAUGUAAACGAGGUCAUACAAGUACAAGUCAUUUCUUGCUUUCCAAUGGAGCAGAUGUACAUGCAUUGAAUGAAUAUGGACAAACACCACUACACACAACAGCUGGUGGAGAGAAAGACUGUCCUGAAUUGUGUUCUAUUUUACUGGAACACAAUGCCAAGGUUGAUGCAGUGGAUAAAGAUGGAAACCAACCACUACACUUGGCAUGUAAACAAUGGCAUACUGCAAUUGUACGCUUAUUGCUAUCUCAUGGGGCUGAUGUGACUGCUCUAAACAAGCAACAGAGAAAACCUUCACAUAUAGCAAAUGAGUCAAUAUUGAAAUCGUAUGAAGUACACAAUGGUAAUGAUGCUUUACACAUAGCAGUUAAAAAAGGUCACAUUCCGACUGUCCAGCUGGCUGACGUAACUGUUCUAAACAAGCAGCAGAGGAAACCUUUAGAUUUGGCAAAUGAAUCAGUAUUGAAAUCUUAUAAAGUAUGCAAUGGCAAUCAUGCUUUACACAAAGCAGUUCAAAAAGGUCACAUUCAGACUGUCCAACUGUUAGUGGAUUGUGGAGCAGAUAAGAUUGAUGCAGUGGAUAAAGAUGGAAACCAACCACUGCACUUGGCAUGUGAGGCUGGUUUAACAUCAACAGAUCAACGUCUGUUGGACUACAAUGCUGAUGUGUUUUCUGCAAAUAAUUUUCAUCAGACUGUUCUUCAUAAGUCUGUUUGUAGCAAGAGAGAUUGCUCUGAGGUUUGUGAGAUGCUCAUAGCAAAGGGAUCACGAGUGAAUGUUACAGAUAGCAAUGGACACACAUCUUUACAGCUUGCAUGUCGGAAAGGACAUAUAAAAACAGUUGACGUGUUAGUUAGAAGGGACGCUGAUUGCAAUGCAUUGAAUGACUGUGGUGAGACAUUACUGCACUUGGCUUGUAAACGUCGUGUUGAAUGUGUUGAGUUGUGCAAUAAGUUGAUAUCACAUGGAGUGAACCCUCAUGUAGCUGACAGAGAAAAAAACUUACCUUUGCACGUUGCUUUGAAGAACAGACUUUGCAAGACAUUCUGCUAUUUGUUUCAAAAGUCAUGUAAUGCUGCAUUAGAUGACUUGCAGAAGGUGAAUAUUGAUAAAGAAGAGCUUAUGGCCAUUGUUAGUAGUGCUCAUGAAGAUGGCGACAUCGAUACUUGUCGCCAUAUUUUUAAAGCUAGUGCUAAGUUAGACCCUUCGAGUAGAUUGUGUCUGAGAGAAGUAAACUGUCACACUACAACAGGAUACUCACUCAUUCAGAGAGCAGUCAAAGAGCAGGAUGUUACUUUUUGUCAGCACUUGAUUGAUCAUGGAGCAUCUGUAAAUGCAGAUGUAUCUUACAACUCCCAAGGUCAUACUCUUGAGGAACCUCCUUUACAUCUGGCAGUAGAGCUGGGACAUUUUGAUUUGUGUCGUUUGCUGAUAGAACAUGGUGCUACUAUUGAUCCCAAGAUAACCGGCACAAAAGGUGCAUUGCAUUUAGCUGUUGUUAGUGAACACAAAGAUAUAGUAAGACUUCUUUUGUCUCAUGGAGCUGAUAUGAGUAAAGUUCUAAUUGGUAAGGAAUCUGUUUUGAAGAGAUUGGAAAUACAAGGAAAAGGCAAAAUGGCAUCAAUCAUUCAGGCUACUGAAACAUUUCCUGAAGAGAUCGUGUCGCAAGGAGAAGCAGCAUUGCGUGUCUAUCAGUCAUCCUGUAGUGGGGGAUCAGCAGUAAACGUGUUUCUACGUGUUGAUGUUGUUGGACGUGAUGGUGUGGGUAAGACAAGCUUGACAAAAUCUCUCACUCUCCAGAAGUUCAAUCCUGAUGAGCCGAGUACAAGAGGAGUUGUGUUUGAUCCAAAGUGUCAGAUUAUUGUGAAGGAAGCAUGUGACUGGACCAAACCUCUCACAAGUGCUGACUAUGCAAACAUAUAUGAGAAAAAUGUUGUGAUCAAUAUGGCAGAGGCACUCGACACACCACAAGUAAAAGAUCAAUAUUUCAAGUCAAAAGAAAGUGAAUAUCCAAGAAAACAAAAAUACGCUCGCAUGACAAAGAAAUCACCAAAGCAGGAGUUACGUGUCCAGGCUGUUCCUCUUGGUUCUUCUCAUAGAAUUGUGCCUUUAAUGCCCCGUGUACCACUUAAUGAUUGUUCACCAAAGUUGACUGUUCCUUCUAAAAAACCAACAACUUUAGUAGUUCCUGCACAGUCAGUUCCAUCAGGUUUGUCAUCCUCAUUACAGACGUCAUCAAAUUUGUCCGCACUUAAAGACUCUAACGUUUCGUCUCACAUAACAGCAAGACCAUCAGGUGGUACGGACUUUGCUGUAGAAGCAUGUUCAUCUUCAGAUCAUACUGAGGCAGAUUUUGGAAAUGUGGACAAUUUAGUUGGGAAUGAAGGAGACAGGAAAUCUAUGGCCAGCAAUUUCUCGUUUGAUUUACAGAGAAGCCAAGAAAGUAAAGCAGUAAACCAGGAUGGAAGCAUUGCAACUUCAAAAGUUCCGUUGGCUGGAAAAAAUGCAAAACAGGUGACAUCUUUUAGUUGUGACAGCCAAGAGCAACCACAACAAAAGAAACACGAGAAUAAAGACGAAACGUCAAACAGACGUUCUCUAUUCUGCGACUCAGGCAGCCCUGAUUAUUAUGCUGCAUUAGACCAUGAGACUACGUCGCCAAACAAGAAGACAAAACCAAUCAUAGCAAGCACUGAUGUCCAAUUAUGUAAGUACCAAGACAGACAACAACAGAGUUUAACCAAAACGAAACAACCGGAAGCUCUACCUACACAAACUGAAAAGACAUUGUCUCACAGUGUUGAUGAUUCUUCUACUGAGAACACAACUACUUUACCUCAACACUUAAAAGAAAGUGUUUCCAAGAGUCUGAGAGAUCCAAAGUCUCGUCAAAAGGUGAAGAAAGAAAUAAUGCUUACAGUAUUGGACUAUGCUGGUCAGAAUGUGUUCUAUGUCACACAUCAUUUGUUUAUGUCAAAGGCUGGUUUUAUGUACGUUGUGUUUGAUGCUUGUCAGCCAAUGGAUGGCAAGACUCCAUCUCAGUUUCGUUCAGAAGAUGGACAAAUUGUCCACAUUCCUUUGUUUGAUGACGAAACAAACUUUGAUCGUUUGGAAGAGUGGGUAUCAGGUGUUCAUAUCAUGGAAGGUGAUCAGUCACGUCGUAUCAUGAUAUUUGAGAAAGAAGGAAUCAGAUCACCUGUCAUGUUUCUAGUAGGAACACAUGUUGAUAAGUUAAAGGAGCAGCCAGGGAUGAUGGAGAAACAGGAUGCAUUUAUAAGGAAGAAACUGGAGGGCACAGUGUUGGCAGAGCACAUCAUAUGGGCAUCUAAAGAUAUGAUGUGUUUCUAUGUGGAUAACACAGUGACAGACCCAGACAGUGGUGUUGUAGAUCCACAGGUGACUCUGCUUCGUAAGAAAACAGAGGAAGUGGCUCACAAGGUGGCCCAACAUCACAGAUUACCUAUCAGCUGGCUCAAGUAUGAACAAAAUGUAAGAGAAGUGAAAGUCUCUUAUCCAACAAAGAGAACAACAACUGUUGAUGAAUUACUGCAGCUUGCCAUGAAAGCUAGUGGAAUCAAAGAUCGAGAAGAGCUGUUGGUGCUGCUGCAGUAUUUGAGUAGUCGUGCAGUGUUGAUGUAUCAUCCCAAGGCAUUGAAGAGUGGAGAUAAAGAAGAAGUCGUGUUAGAUGUGGAAUGGUUUGUAUCACAGCUGCAGAAAGUGAUCACAAUACACAUGGAAGGUGAUGUUCCUCCCAUGUUCUGGAAUGAUGUAAAACGCAGCAAAGAGAAAGGCAUUAUGACAAUGUCACUUGUGAGACAUCUUUUAUCAGAUGCCGGAGGAUCUGCUCAACGUCUCAUUGUGUCAUUGAUGAGCCACUAUGAUUUGCUGUGUGAGUAUCCAGUUAUUGAAGAAGAGGAUCUGGACAAAGCAAGCGAUUGCAAUGAUUUUCUAAGCCUGAAAGGAGAAAGAGAAGGUCAGACUUGCAAUGAAGAACGUGAUUUGUUUGAGAGGCAAGCUUGUUUUGUUCCUUGCCUUCUGGAGCAUGCAGUUGGUCUUGAAUCUGACAAGAUGAAUGACGAGCAGAAGUCAUUACCUCUCAUCUUGUCAUCUGCUCCCAUCCGCAUUCCUCAGCCAUUAUUCUAUAGAGUACUGACUCUUCUGUGUAAACGUUUUCGUCGCUUGGCAGUUAUUUGCCGCAAUGUGGGCUACUUCCACAUCUACCCUGGUCAUCGACUGGAGUUUGCUCUCAACAGAUACAACUUUCAAAUGACUGUCUUGUCAGAUACAGUCACACCUCCCAACUCCAAAGUGUGUGGUGCUGUUCGUGAGUGGAUUGUGAACAUUGUAGACAAGGCAAAACAGCAGGGAAUGGCUGGGCUCAAGUUACGUCUUGGAUUUCUACAGAAUGCAUCGACAUCAAUAUCUAGCAUUUCUAAUGCUGAGUUGAUUUCUCUCGAUGGAUAUCAAAGUAAUCGUUAUUCACUGUACAGCCGUAUGACAAAAACAGAAGUUCAACCUCCUACCAGACUCUACCUUUGGUAUCCACAACUUGAGUGCUCUCAAACUGAUGUCAUGUCACCACUGCAUCAUCUUUCACAGCCGCCACAACAACUCGCUGCUAUAAGCUAUUCAACACCAGUGAAGCCCCUUAUUGGUGAACCGGUUGCAAGGUGCUUGUUUGAAGUAUCUGAACUUUUAGAUAGAGAUGAUGAUUUGGAAGAUGACUGGAGAAGGUUGUGGAAGGAACUUCUAGUCAGACCUCUCGAUGAAAUUAAAGUGAGGGAGAAGAGUAAGAGCCCUACUCUUUUCCUGCUAAAUCGAUGGUGCAAAAUGGAACCUCCCAGUGAAGCUACAAUCGGACAGCUGAUUAAGGCUCUCAAUGCAAUAUACAGAAACGAUGUCGCUUGUGUGCUACAAGCUUACGUGCCUGCACCACUCCCAGAUUGUAAAACUGACAAGGUGACAUCAGUCCAGUUAAAUCAUCUUGCUAAAGAAAUACAAGGCUGCUGGCAACAGUUUGCUUUGACAUUGGAACCAGUGGGAUUGUUUAAAGUUAGAGGAAAUAUUGCAGCUAUAAAGAGUGAGCAUGCUUCUCCUCUUGUGCAAGCUCAAGCCAUGUUAGAGAAUUGGAGUGACAACGUUGGUGCUAGAGCUUGUCGUUCUAUUCUGAUUCAGGCAUUGAUCAAACAGGGACUAAGAUCUCAGGCAAAUGAGGUGUUCGGAGAAGAAAUUGUGCUGCAGGUGUCACCACAGUAGUUUGAGACAUUGACAAG